AUGAAUUCCAAACGGAUCUUCUCCCGGUCGAAACGCCAAUCGAGUGGAGAGCCAUACUAUCGCACGGGCGGGCUCCUCCCUAUCGAUACCAAGAGUCCUAGACUAGGGGAGGUAUUCGAAGCAAAGACCUCUUCGCAGGCUGAAAUACAGCGGCCAUGCUCCCUCCAAGUGGCACUGCCAUAUGACACGCGAUAUACCCUUAGUCCCUUAUUGGCUCAGUAUGAUGCAGCAUGGGACAGAUCAGGGUCGAAUCUACAAGCAGCUUUCGAACACAUACUGCGGUCUCCGAUGCUGUGUGCUACCGGCUGCGUAGGGCCAGAUUUCUUACAAAAGCCUCUCCCUAGUCGACCACGCUCUGUGUCUAUGACAUCAACUCCAGAGCUCCCCGCUGAGCUUCCAGGUUCGAUCCUCCUGGAAAACCAAGGCUACCCUGUUGACCAAACCUCUGUACAACCGUUGAGAGUCACACAGGCCUCGCGAGAUACUUCAAGCGUCAUCUGCACGACCGACUUUCACGCCAGAGAGAAAAACAAAUUAAGCCGCUUGUCUUUGGUUCCAGAAUCAUUGACUCACGCCAAAAGCGUUCCAAAUCUUUGCGGGCAACACGCUGCAAUGCAAGCUCGAUCCAGCCUAUUGAAUGUACCACACAGGAGAUCUCGAAGUGAGACCGACAAGCGCAGACCUUCACGGCUAGAUCUUGAAACCGCCCCAUCUAGUAUGGAAAAAAAGCUGAGAGGAUAUGUACCGAGGCACAGUGUCGACGCAGUUGAUGUGGCUGAAGCACUCCAGCCGUCUUUGACGAAUGUUCCAGGUAACGUCUCGGACACAACUAGCAAAAUGCGCCCAAGUCGGCGAAAAAUUGAAUUUGGUGCAAGUGCAACUCCCACGCCGACGAUUACACACAGUAGGCAUUUUGAGAGCCUAAGGACUACGACCACGAACCAAGAGGGUGUAAACUCGAAUCUAUCGGCCCAGUUGAGAAGUUCAAGACCUUUGAAAGAAUUUGCUGCUACAGGCCUAGAUGCACCUGCCGGGGCAGAUACAACUCUAUUGACACGAGCAAGUGUCCUGGAAGUACAGCAGGAAAAUACUCCCCUGUACAACGAGGGAGCGGUCGCCAUUGGUUCAGGCUCUGUGCUUUCGUGGCCUUCAGAGACGAUUGAGUCGCCGCAGACCCCCAUCCAAGAAGAUACACUUGAGACAGCGAAGAUUAGAUCUUCGGUUUCGCAGUCCCCUUUCCAAAGCGCCCAAGGAAAUGAUCAACGAUCACCUCCACGUUUACGCAACAGUCCCGACAUGGAGAAUCUCAAACGGAAGCUCAGCAAUACGCGCCGACCGGAAACUUUCAAUCGCAACCUUCUCCCGGAGCUCAAUCAGUACAAGCAGAAUAAUGUUGCCCUCCAAAAGCAGAUAGAAUCAUUGAUGGCGAAGUUAAAUGAUUCAAAGAAGAGAGAACGCGAAACUCGAACAGCAUGCGAAAAAGCGGAGCAAGAGCGGGUUGAAUGGAAAGCCAAAGCAGACAAAGCUUCCAAAUUUGUAGAAAGCGCAAAGGCCCUUCAGAACACCGUCGACCAUCUGGAAAGCCGUCUCGAGAUAGCUAAUACGGAGCGAUUGGAUGCGGAAGAGCAAUUGAGCAAUAUGUGGGCUGAUAUGUCUCCCUUCGACACAAUGCUUACAACACCCUGUGCCCCGAUCACUGUAGACUUAACAAGAGCGGCAACCCAAGAUCCACACACAAGCAUGAGUACAGUCUUUUCCAACGCAUCCCUUACCAGCCCAGACCAAGAAUUGCGAGAAUUUCCUACAUUAUCAGCAUCCGUUGAACAGAUUGAACGGCUCCAAGAGCAGUCCAAACAGAAAGACGAUCACAUCGCCGAGCUCUGUAAAGAGAUAGACGAGUUGAGAUCGAGGCACAGACAGCUGCAGGUGGAGCACGAUGAAGUUAUUCUUCGAUCGGAGAUACAAGCUGAUCUGUUACAAAAGUCGCGGGAAACUGACGCUAUCCUUGAGCAGCUUAGAAAAGCAGUCUUAGAUCGCGAGGCCAUCAUUGCUGACAAAGAGAAAUCACUGCGAGCAACUGAGCGUCAACUGGAUCUACACAAGCUUCUAUUGCGAGCAGAGAUACGAAGGCAUGCCACGAUGAAGCUUAAGAGUGGCGUGGAUGUUGAGGCAUUGCCUGAGCUUACUACACUUGUGAAACAAGAAGAUCUUGAUCGAUGGAUAAGCAACCUUAACCGGCAAUUCCAGAAUGAAUACCCAACAAGAGAAUCCACUGGUACACCCUCAACGCAUGAGAUGGAGGUCGAGAGCCUGCGAAACGAGGUGAAUUUCUAUGUACGGGAGAUCAUUUAUUAUAAGCUUGAUAUCAGAGGCUAUAAAAGCGAUAUCCGAAAGCUGAAGCGAAUCACCGAACAACUUAGCAGCUAUGGAAGCCGUGCUAGUGAUCUUGACUCGGAAACAUCCUCAUUGCGACCCGCCCCGACCCCUAGUCGAUCCAAACCCACACUUGCGACUCCUGAGUUGGGCAAUUCGAAUACCGCGUCGCCCAUUGUAACAGGCUCAGUGUCCAUGUCGCCGCCAGCUGGUGGAUCCUGCACCCCAACUCUGGCCAAAGCUAAGCCUAAUGCCGAUGUUACGCCAGCAUACUCAGCAAGACGUGUGGAUUCCCCCCGGCAAGAGAUGGGUAACGAGAACAUAGAAGCCAUUUCAAUAGUUCCAAAAGAUUCAAUGGCACAGAGAAAGGGCCUUGAAUAUUCAGAGCGCGACCUCGAAGCGUCUGGGGAACGGUCGGUGAAGUUGCCACUGAUGGACUCAGCUUCUCCACAGCAGCAAGAUGCCACGCACAGUACGGGCGAGUCAUCAUUCAAGCCUUCUACAACGAAUGAGACACCCAAAAGGUCGGUGUCAAUACAACAUUCACGGUCGCUAGCAAGCAGCAGGACGUGCACAAAUCCUCGAGAUCGAUCAGCGUCGUUGCCCAACGUAACAAACGAUAAAAUUUCAUCAAGUCAUCAGCCACGCCCACGCGUAGGACUCUUUGGAUUCGCCUCCGCAUCUGGCAAGCCAACGAUCACCGUUAUGCACGACGCGCCGAUUAAUGUUGAGGACAUUGAUUUGCAGCAUACACCAAAAGCAGAUGAUUCGGUCUCACACAAAUCACUACAUGAUGACAUGUUGAGCUCGGACAAGGGGGAUAAAACCCAAUCCACAUCUGGUUACAGCACUUUAACACCUUCACUGGAAAGCAGGCCGAGUGUCUUGUCAAGCCCAAGCAUCGAUAACGGCCCUUCAAGUCCCCCUAGUGUCGUUACUCAGACAGCGAACUAUCAACCCACACAAUGUUCGAUGGCCCAAGACACUCAACGCAAGGUCAAUGUAUUGAUAACUAGGACUGCUGUAGGUGGUAAGAUGGCUUCAACUACCCCCAGAACCUCGCCAAUCUCACCCACGGACACGCCAGAUUGUAAACUGUCCUCUAAGUCAACUGCAGUUCAAUCUGUUCGAUCAAGAUUUACAACAGUAACUUCUAAGGCCACCACCACUAGUACGGCUGAGGAAGAAGAUGCAGAUCCUAAGCGACGAGGGCCUCGCACCCCUUUACAUUCCCGCACACUCAGUGGGAAUAGCAUGCGCACAGCGAUUCCCCUGCCAAAACCUCGCAAAAAGGACAAACCGGAAUCAGGAAUAAAGCGAAAUGACAGCAUGAUAUACUCAAAACCUCUGAAGAGCCCCUUCUUCCUGAAGGACCCCGGCAGCCCGAAGCGAUCACUGUCAGUGAGCUCAGUUAGCGGCUGUCACAACAGUACCUCGAGUAAGCCGGACAGUGGCGUCAUCUAUGGCAUUGGCGAGGCUAUCUAA